CUAAGAGGGUGUGUUUAGUAAACAGAGGGACUCUAGCGCAAAGAAACAGUCUGACAAACCCUGAAGACGGCACCGAAAAAUCAGUUGAGCCAAUCCAGGAGACUACAUUGUUGUUACAUUUCUUUGGAAGACGAGGAAACGAUGUACUCAAAUAUGAAGACUUUCACACAUUUAUGACAAACUUACAGAGUGAGGUGAUAGAGUUGGAGUUUCUAGAGUUUUCUAAAGGUAUGCAGACAAUAUCGGAGGAAGAUUUUGCACACAUUCUCCUACGUUACACAAAUCUUGACAAGCUUGAGAUAGGUGAAUGUAUCAACAGAGUAAAAGAAAGGAUGCCUGUAGAAAAGGGUAUAACUUUUGAGGAGUUUCGACAGUUUAGUCAGUUUAUGAACAGUUUAGAUGACUUUACGAUUGCAAUGAAUAUGUACACAUACGCAAUGCAGCCUGUGUCAAAAGAGGAAUUUCAGAGAGCCGUAAAGAUCUGUACAGGAACGGAACUUGGGUCUCACAUUGUUAACACUGUAUUCAACAUGUUUGAUGUUGAUGGAGACGGCCAUCUUAGUUACAAGGAGUUCAUCUCUAUCAUGAAAGAUAGGAAAUAUAGAGGCUCUAGGUCUCACAGUCAGUUGACGCCAAGAAGUUGGGAUGCAUUCAAAGCCUGUGUGAAGAACGAGAUGAGGUCAUACUGAGUGACCUUGACAGAUCAAAUUGAAUGACCUUGACAAUGUUGAGAUAUAAUUUUCUAGUUUUAGAACCUACCUACUUCUCUUUGAAAGAACUAUACUAGCUCAUUUAUUUAAUUGUAGAGAAUUAUGUAGCUUCAAGUCCUAUAGCUUUAUAUUAUAGUGUGUAGCCACAGUGCGGCACUCAUUUUGUAUAUAUACAGAGUGUGAAUAUAGCGUUGAAUAGUUUUACUUAAAUAUUUGGCAUACCAACUUUUAACACAACUUCUUCUGAUAUUGUUAAGAUGUAGAUUAUUGACAUUUUGAAGUUGAUGUUUUGAGCCAAAGUUAAUUGAAAGACAAAUAAUUUGCUAUGAUUGAUAAAAGAUCCAUAAUAGUACAUAUUUGUUAAUACAACAGCUUAGUUUAAGCAAUUUUGCAUGUGUUAAAUAGGCAUAUUACGACUGCUAAAGGUAAAUCUGACACACUGUGUAGCUUUGUUAAGUCUCAAAAUUGCGGUGACAGUCAGUGGCUGUAAUAGUAGCUGAACAAUAUAGUAACACCUGGUUGUGAAGACCAGUCUUUGGAAAUGAAAAAUACAGUCAGUCCUGAUGAUAAAGACUUUGUGUUUUGAAAUAUAUAGGUAACUGGUCAUUGUUAAGAGUUGGUCUUUAAAGACAAGGUUGUUUAGCAUAUAUUUUUGCUCAAAAUGAAAAGAAAGAAUAAUUGCCUUUUGUGACACUUUUUUCUGUAUGUAAUAUUUGUUUGGAAGUGAUGUAAGUGCAAGUUAAAUUGAUAGCUCUUUGUUCAAAGCUUUUACGAAAGAGUUACUUUUAAAAUCGGUUAAGUUAUUAUCAAGUGAAACAAAAGAUUAGGUUUAUGUUGUCUUCAUGUUUUGAAAGUGAAAGUAUAUUAAUUAAAAAUUUUUUCUAUUCAUGUUCUUUCAUCAGCAUUUAGGGAUAUACCCGGUAAGUAAAUAUUAGGCAUAGAAAGAACGUAUAAUCAUUGGUGUUUUGUAAGACAUAGAGUGACAAGUUUGUUGUUAAUUUUGUGUUGGCCACAUGUUUGUCUCACCAUUAACAUUUGCAAUGAAAUGAGAAAAUAAUCAGCAGGUGAAAAUAUUAACAUGUAUAUAUAUUGCAUGGACGCUUUCAUUUUAUUUUAAUACAUGUUUUCCCCUUUUUGUCUUUGAAAUGCUUGAUAAUUUAAGGUUGAUUCUUUCCUGAUGUUAUUGAAGUUUUUUUUACUUCCAUAACCUCUGUUUGAAUAUUUUCUUUUCAAGGUGAUUUCAACCUGAUCAUAUAAUAACAUGUAUCUGAGCAGAACUUGUAAGAACUGCACUUGAUAUAAUGUUUGAAUUAAUAACUAGAUUUGGAUAUCUGACUUGAUUUAGAUAUCUGACUUGAUUUUAUUAAACAGACUUGAUUUGAAUUACACAAGUUUUGUUAAACUUUACUUGACUCAAUUUGGAUAUAUGACUUGAUUUUCUUCAACUGGCUUGAUUUGAAUUCUUGGCUUGAUUUGAAUUACUUACUUUAUUUUGUUAAACUAAUUUGAUUGGAGGAUUAUUGGUUUAAAUGUUUACUGUUGAGUUGAAAUACUAUGCUUGUUUAUAGGCUUUUGUUAUCAGUUAAUGUGGUAAGUUAUUGUGGCAGAAUUUGAAUAUUUAUCUGGUCUACAUGCAUUAUGUUUUUAGGUUCAAAUUCCACAAAAGUAAAAUUUCAUGCUUAGGUUCUUUAGAAUAUGUUAAACAGUUAUUGAUACAUUCAAACUCUAAAAAGUCUAAAUCAUGAGUAUACUUUACAUGUAAUUUAUUUUGCCUGUCUUCAUUAUUAUUAUAUUAUUUAUAUCUUUAUACUUAUAAAUUUUUCUAUGUCACUUCUCAUAUUACUACCUGUUAAUGAUGUUCUUAAAUGUUUAACUACAUGUAUAUGUGAUACAUAUCUUGUUUUGUUUUAUCCAAUUUCAGGCCUUGAUUUUUAUAUGUGAGGUCUAAAUAAAGAUUUUUCUAUCUAGAA